AUUGCGCAUGCGCUCGUAUUGGUAGAGGCGAGGUGGGAAAAUUCAUUCUGUUCGUUUCUUCCACAAACAUAAGCAUGUUUUUUUGCACAAGUUUGCAACUUUAUGGAUUAUAAACCGGCUCAAAAUACUCGUUAAUUAUACUCCCAUAUUUAUCAUCUGUUUGCACAGGAUGAAAAUUGCAGUAGAAGGCUGUUGCCAUGGGGAGCUGGACAAGAUUUAUGAGACAAUUGAGUAUCUGGAGCAGAAGGAAGGGGUGAAGGUGGACCUGCUGCUUUGCUGUGGAGACUUCCAGGCAGUGCGAAAUGAGGGAGACUUGAAGUGCAUGGCAGUGCCUGCCAAGUACAGAACCAUGCAGACCUUUUACAAGUACUAUUCUGGAGAGAAGGCGGCUCCGGUGUUGACCAUUUUCAUUGGAGGAAACCACGAGGCUUCCAAUCACCUGCAAGAGCUGCCUUAUGGAGGCUGGGUGGCACCAAACAUUUAUUAUCUAGGUUAUGCUGGUGUUAUUCGCUACAAAGGGAUCAGAAUUGGUGGCUUAUCUGGCAUUUUCAAAUCACGUGACUACAGAAAGGGCCACCAUGAAUUCCCUCCAUAUAAUCCUGAAACGCUUCGAAGUGCAUACCACAUCAGAAAUAUCGAGGUUUUCAAAUUAAAACAGAUCCAGAUGCCCAUAGACAUUUUCAUGAGCCAUGACUGGCCUCGUGGAAUCUACUACUACGGCAGCACGAAGGAGCUGUUACGAAAGAAGAAAUUCCUUCGUCAGGAGGUGGAGUCAAACUCUCUGGGAAGUCCUGCUGCAGAGGAGCUCCUAGCUCACCUCCAGCCUAGCUAUUGGUUCUCUGCACAUCUUCAUGUGAAAUUUGCUGCCAUUAUGCAGCAUCCGCCUAAAGGUAAAAGUGCACCACGCGUAACCAAAUUCCUGUCUCUGGAUAAAUGUUUGCCCCACAGGGAAUUCUUACAGAUUGUGGAUAUUCCUGAAAGACCAGGUUCAUCUGAGGGUCUUGAAUAUGAUCCAGAGUGGCUUGCUAUUCUCAAGGCUACCAACACUCUACAGAGGACCACUCCUCACCCCUGGAACCCCCCAGAGAAUAAUGGCUUGCAUGAACGGUGGGACUUCAGCGCUUCAGAAGCCGCUAUGAUGCAGGUGGUGGAGGAUCUGAGCGGUGAUCUUGGCAUUCCAGACAACUUCAGUCUGACGGUGCCAUCCUACAACCCCAACAAGCCCCAUCCUCAGGCCACCCCGAGCUACAACACCAACCCUCAGACCACCGAGCUUUGCGCCAAGUUGGGUCUCACAGACAUCUAUGCACAGGUCGGGCGGGGAGAAGAUGAGGUGGCGAGAGUUCAGGGCAGUACUGGAGGAGAGGAUGACGAUGACGAAGAUGAAGAUAGUUUGGGAAGUACUGACGAGCCCAGCGAGUAUCCAACCGAUACUUCAGGAUUGUCAGGUUCAUUUAAUCCAGAUGAGAUCACCAUAGAAGACGAGUGGGAGGAGGAGGAGUUGAAAGCAGAGGUGAAAGGGGACGAGCUUUUUGAUGCCAAAGCAGGUGAAAUCCACACACCCAGCCGUAUGGUUCUACCCGAGCCCAAAUGCGGCGUCUCGCCCCCUCCUCUGCCCGACCUCAUGAACCUGCCGCCUCCUUCCCACUCUACCCCAGCUCACGCUCAGUUUGGAGCAGACAGGGCAGCACAGGGCAGCGGCGACGAUGAGGACGUCACAGCUGCACGCAUCCUAAAACGAACCAGCAUUGAGAGUGGGGACGCUGGCAGCAGAGGCCCAACUCCAAGAAUCAAACGCAGAAACCAGGUGAUCUAUACAGCAGCGGAGGAUGAUGAGUGUGAGGGAUAGAUAGGCAGUGUACACUUCUCCAUUAGUUUAUAUUCAUUAAUUUAUGUACCUGCAGCUACUCACACGAGCUGUUCAAAGCAGGGGCAUGGCUUUAUUAAAAUGCCCGUAAAGGUGGACUGUACACAAGCAAAGAGAAUUAGUUUCUGGAUUCAGUUUCCACAGAAAUUAUACCCACCAAAAUGUUUCGUUGUUUAAAUAUGAUUUUUAUGUAUUUUAAGCCAACCAGAUUUUUUAGGACAUUGAUUUUUUUUUUCUGACAUUGUAAUUUCAAGAUGAUUAAAGAGGCCAGAAAGAUGAGAACAGCUUUUUUUUAAAAAACAGAAUAAUGACUUCACAGCUUUAUUGAACACUUACAUAUCGUAGGUGCUGAUGGAAAAAGCAAGUCUUUGUUUUAAUUACUUGUCAUCUUACUCGUACAGACCACUGAACCUACGUUAAAACACUGAACAAUGACAGUGGAUGCCGUUUCUUGUAUAUAAUGAGCUGUUAGUGUUGAGAAGAGCUGCACUUUUUUUUUUUUUUAAGCCUUCCAUUUGCAUACUAUUUGAAAAUUGUUUUAAUGAGACUUCAGUUUUCCUCAUCAAAAUGCUUGGAUGUGAAAAUAAAGCCGAAGAAAAGAUUUCUCUGGACACAGAUGUGUGUUUAAAUCCCACUGAUUUAUAACAUUGAUCAGAGUCCUUCCAGGUUCACAAGUGUGCUCUGCUAAAAAUCAACAAACAUUCUCAGUGAAAUUAAGACAAUAUUUAACAUACAGUGUAUUCGACAGGAUCUCUACAUCCAUACAAAGAGCCAGUACAGUAUAGCCUAAUGACGGGGUGCCAGGUUUUUGGUUUAUGGUGCAAACCAACGUCAGGGAGUAGUCUUGUGCCUUGUCUGCAAAGCACACACUCAAAGAAAGCCCCAAACAUGAUUGACAGAAAGAAAACGGGGAGUAGGCACUUCUGUUUUUUUUUGUGUAUUUUUUAAUCUAUUCUUUCCUCAUUUUCUUCAGCCAAGCCUUUGACAGCCACUGAGCACACAGCUCAUUCUAGUAAGGUAAAGGAAACAGUUAUGUCAUUUAAGCUGAACACAACAUGUGCAGAUAUACUCCAGACCAAGGAGGUUUAUUACAAGCCUCAUACUCGAAACCAAACAGGGAGGACAAUGGAAAUUAAGCAAUUCCUUGACAUUUGGGAACACCAUUUCCAGAUUGAAAGCUAUAGAUGCCAAUCAGAAUAACGAUUUAGUAACUCUGUCCAUGUCAUAGUUAUACACUUCACAUCCAGUGUAUAUUACUGCUGUAAAGAGCUACAGCAAGCUUAUUCACACUAACUGAAUGUACCUCAAUCUUUCAAUAAAUAAUUCUCAGACUUGCAAAGCAAGUUUCACUAA